AUGAGUGCAAACACAAUACGGAAUUGUGCCCGCCGGUUAUCCAAGAAUGGGUGGCAGCCGUGUGAUGUUGCAGAAGACAAUAAGAGUGCUCCAGCCCCCGCCCAGAUCAAGCCUCAGCGUGAGUCUCAUGAGGUCCUCCUGAAACGCCUUGUUCGUGAAUGUGUGCACAACAUAGCGCAUGGCAGGGCGGAUGAGGAUUACAUUUUGGCGAUUGCAAAGCUGCAAGCACACGGCAUGUAUGCAGGAGACAAAUUUGCAUCUUCUUCAUUCCUGCAGGUUGUGGAGUUCGUUGGUGCAAAGCUGUUGCAGAUUGCACAACUGGAGGAACUGGCUCAGGUUCUUCCAGGGGUCGGGGUACUGCCGCCCCUGGCACUUACUUUUGACACGGUGACCUCCGGAUCAAACAUGUUCAGUCGUGCGGAGACAUGCCAAAUUAUCAUGGUUGCCAGUAUUUCUCCCAUAGAUGGACUGCUGAGAGAUCAUUUCAUGUCGUCACCAUCAGUUGGGAUGUACCACGACGGAGACUCUCAAGCGAGGGGAGUGCUUGAUGCACUUUCAGUGCACCCAGCAAACUUAUCCAUUCCGGCGUUGCUGGCACGAGGGCUGGUAAUGGUGGGUGGAGACGGCGCCAACGCACAAGGGGGGCCAUCGAACCGACACAACUCCACAGCUUCUUGCAACAAAUUGCACAGAUUAGUUUAUAAAGACUGCCAUCGCGAUGAGCAUGUCGAAUGGGAGCCUUUUCACAAGUCCGAGGCCGCCAUGAGGUCUAGUAUUGACAAGAGUGAGAUGUGCAAGGAGAUGCUGGCCAUUGGCCGGGCCAUGAGUCAGCAUUUCGGGUACGGGUGCGGAAGGAUAUUGUACCGUUCUGUUAUCUCUGAAAUGCAGGAAGACUUCGGACAUGCUGCGCAGGUCGGCGGCACAAGAAAGGGAGAAGCUUUGGCCAAUGUGGCCGCCAACAUUCUUUCCAACUAUCGUGCCUAUGCUGUUGGCCUGCAUGCCAAGGUCAAGGAGAAACAGCGCGGCCACGGCAGCUCUUCUCAGAAGAGUCUUCUGACAUUGGGUCGACGGUUGCUGUCCGUUGACUUGGUCAUCUUCACAUUAGCCAUGUCCGACAUAAUGCGUGAUCGGCAGAAACCAUGGACGCUCAUGACACAACGCUCUGGACAAUUGCCAUGGGUUCUACAUCGUUAUUUUCUCAAGCGGCAGGAGCGCUUGCAGGAGGAUGUGAACUCGCUGCGAGAAGUUCGCAGGUUGGCCAGCCUGCUUACACUUUUGCAGCAUUAUGUGGACCCGGGCUCCUUGAAGCGUUUCAUGUUUGCACAGCUGUUCACUUCAAGUGGCCGGCGUUGGUAUGAAACCACACGUCAUUUGUUCAGCGUUGUUCCUCGGAAAAAAAGUUGUUAG